ACAACUUAAUACAUCGCGAGAAACGCCUCGAGUCAUGUCAUGUCGUGCUUCGGUGGCCGCGACGAGCAGAUUUAUCUAGCCGAGAUAUUGAUCGAUAAACUGACGUUGACACCCCUUAUAAUCAAAGGCAUCGGCGAGCACCCUAUCGUGAUCAAGAUCAGGUUCUUAGACUUGCCCAUAUUUGAGUUCACGCACGGGGACGACGCGAGACGCGAUCAGGACGUGCGUUUCAUGACCGGCAGAUGUUGUCUUUUCGUCAGACGGCCGCAAGAUCUGGUACGGGGGUUACGCUCGAUGAACGUGAAGAUUGGCGUGUUUUGCAAGGACGACACUUAUCCCGUGGAGGAGACCGAAUUGACUUUGCCGGGUUGUACGUGCGAUCAGCUCGCGAUGAUCGGCAACGAUCCCCAGCAUUUGCCGAAACCGUUCGCGGUGAAGGGCGGUUUUCAUCUCCUGGAUCCCGGCAAAAAUCCGUCCGGCACGGUGUACAUGGAACUCGCCGUCGUGUGCCUCGGACGAAUGCACAAAACACAUUACGAGUUGCACGCGAUGGACACAGUUACAUCGCCCGUAGUCAACGAGGAGAAAAAAAAACGGAGGAUUUGUCUGCAGCGAUUCGUACCGCUGGAUCUUCUGGAAUUGCCAAAAGCCCGAGUCGAGAAGGUGGUGAAACCGCCGAAAGAUAAAAAGAAAAAAAAGAAAAGAAAAAAGAAGAAAGGCAAAAAGAAGUGACCUCUUUGUGUGAACGUUUUCCAAAAAAAAGGCCGAGCUCUCUGAAGUGUUUAUCUUUGUGUCGAGCAUUAAUUGUAUAAAUUAUUUUCUGUCGCUAUGGUAACCGCACUUGACAACUGGAAACGUCAGUUAACCGGUUCGGGAUUUAACCGCGCAAGGGAGAUCACAUUUGAUUUCCGAUCCGAAACGACGCGCAAAAUUAAUGGUGCGAUACGUACAGGCACAUCGUUAACGUCGGUCCGGAGUCUCUCUUUCCAAAUUAAUCGUGUCGUUCGACUACGCGCGCGCACGCGCGCGCGUGUGUGUGUGUGUGUUUCACGUGCACCGUUAUUUAUCCGCGCACCAAAAAUGGCUCUGAAGAAGAAGAAAGCGCCGAAAUCGGAAACGGAACAAUUGUACAUGCUCGAAAUUCUGAUCGAUCGUCUAAAUGUAUGCCCCGAGAAGAUUGUUAACGAUCGAGAAUGCGAUCUGAUGAUACGCGCGAGCGUUAUCGAUCUCGCGCCCGUCGAUAUGACCGAGGAAUCGGCCAAGAUUAAAGGCGGAAAAAGUAAGAACCAAGUAAAUCGAUUUCCCAACGAGAACGUCAACUACGAAGGUAAGACGUGUCUGUUCGUUCGAACACCGAGCAAUUUAAUACGAUCUGUAAAAUCGACUCCUUUGAGUGUUGAAGUGUAUCGAAUUCCUCGCGGAGAUAACCGUAACUCGCACGAUGACGCUAGUCGUCGGAUUCUUCUCUGCGCGACAACGGCGUUUCUGCCUCAGUGUUUCUGCGAUCAAGUAGCCGCGUCCAAAGACAAGAUAGACGGGCUGUCGAAGUCGUACACAACGAAGGAGAUUUACACCUUGAGCGACGAGCGAGGCACUGCCUGCGGAUCGAUAUCUAUGUACUUGAGGUUAUCGUGCUUCGGAAGCUCAAUUAUCAAUCACAUGAGGCUCCACGCGAAAUCGUUUGUAUUUCGAGGAUUUCCCUUUGGUUCGCAGUUUCGUUGCGCGAAAUCAUCAGACGAGAACGUAAACGAAAAGAAAACGAGAAUAAAACAGACCGACGGCAGGUUUUCGUUAUUGAAUCAAAUUUUUAGUCCGGAAUGCGCGAGUGUGUGCGAUCGAAUAGAUCAGAACUCGCGUUUUGCGCUGAAGCGACCUUGCGUAUCGAUGAAUCAACCGGGAUUCGAGAAACUCACCAGCGCCGAGAAACUCAACGAUCGGGAGUAUCGCACGUUGAUCUACGAAACGUAUCCGGACGAGCCAACCUGUUCGUGUUUGCCGACAGACCGAUCGACGCAUCCGAUGAUGUGUCGUUCCGGAUGCGCUCGCUCUUGUUGCAUGGCUCUAAGAAAUCCCGACAUCCUGAAGAAUACCAGCGACAACGUUACGUCGUCGGUUACGAACACUUAUCGCGUCGACAAUUUGCAUUUAAAAUCAGGCGUGGAACAAGAUAUGAAUCCUCGCGCACCGACGCAAACGGAAGACGUCGAGGACGGAGAAGAGAACUCGAACAGCAAAGUUCUGCGUUCCGAGGAAACUAAUAAUAAGUCGAGAGAUCGCAUGAAAGGCGGAGGUGAUUUAGCAGGCGCGUCUUGCGACGCAACCACCACCGUUUUAUUUCAAAGAGAUCGAAAAAACGAUAGCUCGGCGUGCAAAUCGCGUCCGAGAUUUGCGGCGGGAAUCAAGGCGCCCAGUUGCAUAUGUCCGCGGAAGGAUCGGUCGUUUUGGAGAACAGGCACGUACAAAUGCACGAAGAAACCUUGCGUGGGCGCGGACUGCAUGAUACGCGCGUUCAAGGAGGCGCAGGAGUUCGUAGACUCCCUCGGCAAAAUAACGUGUAUGACGGAUCUCGGUCUGAUGGAUCCUUCCGACAGUCCUUUCUUCGGCAGGGAUGUAGACAGGGAUUACGCUGUUCACGAAAUGCCGAGCGUGACGAAGACCGAAGCGUUCGUUCCGACGACAUCGGCAUUGCCGAUCGUGCAAUGUCCCGCUCCUUGUAACACGCAGAUCGGCAAACCCAUCGGUGCGGUUACACCUUUUGUCCCUUCCGUUUCUGCGGCGAUUCCAAAACGACCCGGUGUCGUGGGCGAAGCGAUACCGACGUUACCGGACGUAACGACAUUGAUGCCAGUUAAGUCAAGGAAAAAGGAAGAGAAAAGAGAGGAAAAGCCAGAGAAGCCGAAGGAAACGGACGUGACUCCCGACGGGGCAGCGGUCGACGAAGGCGGUCCUUGCGGCGAACCGAAAUGUAAAUCUCGCAAAAGAAAACCCGAAAUCGAUCGAACGAUCGAGAAACCGCAGGAAAUCGUCGAAGAACCACCGAAAGACGUGGUGCUACCUCCGAAACUACCAAAGAGCAAAAUCAUUAAACGCGUCGAUCGGGGACGACGUCCGAAGAGAAGACCGGGACCAAAUGGCGAUCAAGACGAUCACAGAUUUCCCAUCAAGAUCAGCAAACGAGUGAUGCGUUAUGUGUACACUAUCGGUGACGUUUAUCCCGGUAUUGUUUACGGUCACAAGAACUGCAUCAGUCCGCGAAUGCGAGUGCCGUCCAACAUGGGCUGGCUGUGGAACACGGGAGCGUCGCUGGGCAAGUUGAAGCCGCGAAUCGGCUGGAAACCGGGCGCGAUCGGGCGUUACUUGAACGAAUUGCUGAAGGAGGCGAAGAGAGGCACUUCUCUGAUGGAGGACACUCGGUCAAGGUCGGUGCCCUCGCGCACCACCCAACGACGCAAAGUGUACAAACCCAUAAGUUACACGUCGCGCGAGGCGACGAAGGAAGGAGAAGAGAAGACGGAAUUUCCGCCGACUCUGCACAUCCAUCGAAAGGACGGUACGUACUACGUGACGAUGUACCCGAUCAGGCAGGAAACCUCGGAUGAGCCGCAAUUGGAAGAGCCGGUGAAGCCGUUGCAGUUCAAGAUAAUGCGCAACAAGGACGACGCGUCCACCACGUCGAGCUCGACGGCGUCCGACAUGGAGAUCGAGUUCUCGCCACCGGCGGCGGUUUACAGAUAUCGUAAAAAACCCGAUGUGAUUCACGUAGAUACGCAAGUUAGACAGCAGGAGAUUCUGGACACGUUCAAGAUGAUGGACGACGUUCCAGAAAGAAAGAAAGAGAAAGAAAGAGAGAAGGAGAAGAAAGAUAGAAAACCUACGAAACCUACGAAACCUGCGAAACCUGCAAAACCUGCAAAAGCUGCGAAAAAAGAAAUAAAAAAGAAGAAGUAACAAAAACUCUUUCUUUUCAUCGGGCUCAUUAUUUCGAUCUUCACGAUAGUGAAGACAGCGAAAUUCGAAAUGGCUCACUUUCGUGCCGUGCGCGACAUCUCUAGAUCACGCGUGUCGAAAUUUUGCCGACGCCAUUAC